AAUUGAAUACAGAUCAUUAUCGAGCUCUCGAGCGAGGCGCCACAACCUCUCUCAAUAUUGAGUCGCAAGCAAACAAAGUCUUAUUUUCUACAAGCAUAAUCCCCUCGAAGGAGCUGCAACUGACAGAAUCCGAGGCAAACCAAGACAGCGAACGCAACACACAGCCGAACACCAGCACACACCACGCGAUAAUGGCGAGCAGAAAUCGAGCAAACCCAUUCUCUAUUUCGAGUUUGUUGGACAAGAAGGAUGACGAGAAGGUCGACGAGAAAUGCGAAGACGCGAAAGACGAGGUCUAUAAAGAUGAGAACUCGGACGACGAAUGCUCCAAAGAUAGAAAGCCUGCAUUGGAAAGAAUCCCCAGCAUAACAGAGGAGAAUAAGCCACACAGAAUCCACUCCUGGUUCACAGAGUAUCAAGCGAGGCAAACAAGUAUUGAUGCGAAAUCGCCCGAGCCCGAAUAUGGCAACGUCAAAUCGCCAUCUAUGGAUUCGGACGACGAGACGAACGGCGACGCGUUGAAAAAACGACGAAAGAAGAAAACACGCACCGUGUUCUCGCGAACGCAAGUCUACCAACUCGAGACAACGUUCGAUCUGAAACGUUACCUUUCAUCUUCGGAGCGUGCCGCGUUGGCAGUCCAACUUCACCUCACCGAGACACAAGUGAAAAUUUGGUUUCAGAACAGGCGAAACAAAUGGAAGCGACAAAUCGCUGCCGAACUGGACGCGGCGAAUGCUGCUCAUGGCUCACAGGCACAGAGACUUCUCAAGGUGCCAUUGCUCUACCACGAAGCCAGCUUGCGAAGCGGACAUGGUUUUCCAUACUCGCCAUUCAUAAGUCCCUAUCCCGCUUUCCAUUAUCAAUCGCCAUUCUCAGCGCCCAUGUUUGCGAACGUAAUGAAGUCGCCUCUGCCGCAUCUAUCCUACGAAAAGGGAGCGAUCCUUUGAAAACUUCAAUUUACGCGCAAAACCGAAUACGCGCUCGCAAUCGUACGGACGAACUGUAAGGCGAAAGCUUCUCACUAAUUGCAGAAUAAACUAAUGGUAUCUCGGGGAAAGAACAGAGAAUAAACAAACCCAUGUACAAACGAAACGACAAAAAACAGCCGAACUGUUUAAAACAAAGGGCUUACUUUUCACUUAGAAACAGGAGAUAUUUAUAGUUUAAGUUAGGGCAAUACAAGAAUAAAACGGUUCCACCGAGUGGACGAAAAACAAUUCUUCAUACUUAUUUUACGUUGAAAGAAAUGUUGAUCGGCAAAUAUCGGUGGAAUUAGAUUGGCAAAACACAUCAUAUGGCAGUUUCAAUUACGCGAAGGGAAAAAACCUUAUUGACUGUAACAUUACAUAUUGAAAUGGGCCGACACACUGAGCAAGCAUAUAUAUCGGCCUAAUUUUUCAUCGCCAAAAAUAGUGCAAAAAGUUCUGGCACUUUUAGCGCACGUUAAGUCUUAAGUAGAGAAGUUUCAAGCGGUUAAAAAGACAAUUUCGCGUUAAACCUUUUUAAAAUGCCGCACUUAACUGGUUGAAAAUUUCCGCUCAAAUGUGUACUUGUUUGACCAAAGUUUGAGCGCUUGAAGGAACCUGUCAUAUGAUGUGUGGUGACAAAUAGUUAAGUGAAUUUCUGUUGUACUAACGCGGCAGCGAAUUAAUUGUAAUAUAUUUCGGGUUAUAGGACAGGGAGGAACAAAGAAAUCAUGAAAAAUUAGCUUACGAGUGACAACGACUUACAAAAGCUGAUAAUCGUUUGUGAGCCUAUAUAUUGUCGUUCUUAUCUGGACUUAAACAGUAGCAAAAUUAUAUUAAUACAUUCACGUUUUUGUGGAUAACACAAUAUACAAUUUCUUUGUAAAUAAAACCUUUGUACAGGAUAUUUUGUCACGUGUAAAUAUAUAGAGGUUCAUUAAAUAUUUCCUUCAAA